UAUGUCAGACUACAGACUAAAGAUGUCAUUCUCACCUCGUUCGUUAUGGCAAGAUCAAGGGUAGCUCCAAAAAGACAACAAUCCAUGCCUCGCCUGGAGCUCUGUGCAGCAUUAGCUGGAGCUCAGCUUGCCAAGGUUUUAAAGACAGAGAUGACCCUCCCUCUUCAAAAGACAACACUGUGGUCGGAUUCCACCACGGUUCUGGAGUGGCUCCAGUCGGACUCCUGCCGCUUCAAGGUCUUUGUUGGAACGCGUGUCUCAGAGAUACAGGAGCUGACGGAUCGACAAUCCUGGCGAUAUGUGGACACCCACAACAAUCCUGCUGAUGACAUCACCAGGGGGAAACCACUUCUGGAACUUGCGGAGGACGGGCGCUGGAGGCAAGGACCCCCAUUUCUCAGGCAAAGUGCGGAAUACUGGCCAAAAAGACCGGAGAAAGAUUCAUCCCCGACUUCAUCCGAACUAAAGAGCAUCACCUUCUGUGGUCUUGCAGUAGUGCAAAGCGACAAUAAUAUUCCGGAUGCUUCUCUAUUCAAUACCUGGAAAGAAUUAGUAAAAGUCACUCAGCAGGCGGGACAGGAAGGACCAGGAGGUUCGACACACAGUCAGCCAAUCAGCUCCCAAGAAGCUGAGUUUCUGUUGCUGAGAAGAUGUCAAGUUCAAACCUUUCCCGCAGACAAAAUGUCUCUUAAAACACAGAACGCAGUGUCAGCUAAGAGUCGUCUGGCGUGCCUCUCUCCUGAGUGGGACUCAACUACAGGGUUAAUUCGAGUUGGGGGUAGGCUGCGACGACUCCAGAACUCGGACUUAGAAGAGAUCCAUCCUAUUGUGCUGGACCCAAAACAUCAGAUAACUAAACUCCUCAUCAAGGACAUGGACGGACGUCUUCUGCACCCAGGUACAGAGCGAGUGUAUGCAGAACUUCGAAGACAUUACUGGAUUCUGCGAGGACGACAAGCAGUCAGGCACCAUCAGCACAAUUGCCCAUCUUGUCAAAGCUGGCAAGCUCAACCGACAGUCCCAAGGAUGGCAGAUCUGCCACCACAACGCCUCAGACUUCUCUGUCCACCCUUCCAUUCAACAGGUGUGGAUUGUUUUGGACCUUAUCUGGUCAAAGUGGGCAGAAGAUCAGAGAAAUGAUGGGGUGUCAUUUUUAAGUGUCUUACAACUCGAGCAGUUCACAUCGAGCUUCUCAACUCAAUUGAUGCCGAUGCAUUCCUUCUCGCUCUACGUCGGUUCAUUGCCAGAAGGGGAAGACCAAGAGAGGUACUGUCAGAUUGUGGGACCAACUUCAGAGGAGCCGAAAAAGAACUCAGGACAGUGUUUGCAGAGAUGGAACCUCAGCUAUGAGAGCAACUGACAGAAUAUCAGAUUGACUUCAAAUUUAACCCUCCAAAUGCCCCUCAUUUUGGUGGGGCAUGGGAACGGGAAAUUAGAUCCAUCAAGGCCAGUCUCCAAGUCGCAGUAGGAGGGCAGUCAGUCACAGAAGAUGUCUUGCACACAACUCUUGUAGAAGUGGAGGGGAUACUGAACUCAAAACCACUAGGGUACGUAUCAUCUGAUGUUUCUGAUCUGGACCCAAUCACCCCAAACAUCCUUCUCAUGGGGCGGCGGGAUUCUGCACUGCCUCAAGUAGUUUACGUCCCAGCUGUCAUGGGGCGGCGGAGAUGGCACCAUUGUCAAACACUUGUGGAUCAGUUUUGGAUCCACUUCAUAUGCAGCUAUCUACCCACUUUGCAGACCAGGUCAAAAUGGCUGAGGUCUUCCGAAAAUUUAACCAUCAACACUGUAGUUCUGAUGGUGGACCCUUCACUUCCAAGAGCACAGUGGCCCAUCGGCAGAGUGGUUAAGACCAUUCCGAGUCAAGAUGGACAGGUCAGGGCUGCUGAGGUAAUGGUCAAGAGUAAAGUCUACACCAGACCGGUAGCUCGCUUGAUCCCACUUCCAAGUUUAGAGGAUGACAGUAAGGACACUUGAAGAAUUCCUGUAGUUACACAUUUGUUGUACAAAUGUGGGGGCGGCUGUUAAGAAUUCCCCAUGUUAUCUACGUUUCAGAUACUUUAUUUUGAAGCAUUUCAUGACCGUGUCACUUCCGCUUCCUUCCUGUAGGGGUCACUUCCGCUUCCCUUUUGACGUGUGUUAAUGUGUGCUGACUUGUUUUCUCUGCUACGUUUAAUCGGUGCUCUAGUCUUUGACGAUGCCAGGUCCCUAAGUCUUGGAUGGCGAGCUGUAGAUAGGCCUUGAGCCUGAGCCCAAGGAUCUCCACCUCUCAACCCCUGAACUCCACCUGCUCUGGUCGGGCCGGUAGGCGGCUUAUAGCCGAACCCCUUGCCUCGCACCUCAUUACUCUGCAGCCUUUUGCACUACCUCAUACACACCCUACCCAUAAACUGAACUGUCACUACAAACUGCCAUAUCCACAACCCCAACCCUGGGACCCCAUUUUGAAAAUUCCUAGCACCAACACUGCUGUCAACAGAGGAGAAAAAUGCUUUAUUUAAAUAAAUAUAUUAUUUAUAAAGCAAGUUCGAGUAUCAUUGGCAAAUUUUCACCUAGUCCCCGCCUUGGCACGCAUAUAUGUCCUCUUUUUGGGAUUUCAGAAUAUGGUCAGCCUAGUUUACACUGCACACCAAAGUGACACAGAUCAGAUUUUUUUUGCCAGUUUUAAUGCUCCAAAGUGCUUCAAAUCAAAUUUUUCACAUCAGAUUCAGGCCACAUAAGGAAGUGGUCCAAAUCCAAUUUGAAGCUUAUCUUUUCAAAUGUGACUUCAGUCUAAACACAAUGCGACCUGAAUGCGACCCGUAUGUGACUUUUUCACCAGCUUUGGGCGAGCUACGUCAUUCGUGUGCGCCGGGAAAGACGCAGUCGCCAGUGGAAGUGGAUAUUUCAUCGCAAAGCCUGUUUUCGAAGGCCAAAUUUUCGGUGCGUCACUUGUCAAUAGUGUGCAAAUAGAGAUGUCCGAUAAUGGCUUUUUUGCCGAUAUUCCGAUAUUGUCCAACUCUUAAUUACUGAUUCCGAUAUCAACCGAUACCGAUAUUUACAGUCGUGGAAUUAACACAUUAUUAUGCCUAAUUUUGUUGUGAUGCCUCGCUGGAUGCAUUAAACAAUGUAACAAGGUUUUCCGAAAUAAAUCAACUCAAGUUAUGGAAAAAAAUGCCAACAUGGCACUGCCAUAUUUAUUAUUGAAGUCACAAAGUGCAUUAUUUUUUUUAA